AACAUAAACAGUGAAAAGUUUGAAAUUUGCUACAGCAACUUAGUGAGCAUUUUUUAAAUUUCGAAUAUUAAUUCAAAAAAUGUGUUUUUUGACCAAUUUUAAUUUAACAUGUGCAUUUUAAAAAAUAAAUAAUUUUUUUGUUUUUAAAUAAAAGUGUAAACCAAAAGUGAACUACGAAAAAGAGGAAAAUCGAAUUAAGCAUUUCGAAAACGGUGCUAUGUAUAAAAUUGUGAAAAUGCAACCUAUUUUCAUCGAAAAUGCGGUCAAAAUGAUCAACAAUUCAUUUGGUGACGUUGAAUUGUUGUCAUUUAUCGGUUAAACCAAAAUAAAAAUCGUCAACACGAGGCUAAUUUAUUUGUAUUUAUCAAAAGUAGAAUGGUAGAUCCGCACCAAGUGUUAAUUGACAAUGGGAAUAACUCGACGAAAAUCAGCGACACACCAAAUCAGCCAACAAAUUUGAUACAGAUGAAUGAUUCUGAUACGUCGAAACAAAAACAAAAUCAAGAAUUGCAACAGAGUUUCGAAGUGAAUAGUGUUGCGAGUGGUACUUGUGAAGUGACUAAAAUUUAUGAAAAUAGACAAAAUGCAUACGUUAAACAGGACCAUUAUGACGAGAUAAUGUGCGGUCCAUUGGCACGAAAUUGCACCGAUUCAACAAUAAAAUCAGACGAUAAUAACAGUGCGAUUGCAAAUAAUAAUACAUUUAGUUUAGUUGAUGAUGCUCAGAAUGGUGACGACAACAGCUCAUUGAUAUCGAACAAUUUUUCGAACAGAGACAUUGAACCAAUAAAUAUUAGUGGCGCGAAUAAAGUGUGUGUAAUUGUGACGACUAAUAAACAAGUAAGAGAAUCGGAUGAUUCAUAUAGCCAGCAAACGCUACCUUCGACAUCCAUCAAUUCAGCUGACACCGAAACGCAAGAGUUUUCAGCUGAAUUUCAACAAUCAAACAAAACCAUUGCAUUGGAUAAUAAUCACAUUGAUGUGACUAUUUCCGAUUCACCAAGCAAAAUGGAUUCUAGAAAAGUGGAACCAUUGAGGAUAAAUAUUAAUCGGGAUCCGAUUAAAACAAAAAUUAAAUUGGGACCGCCGCCAGAAGAUCGUCAAAGUAUGUCACCUAAAUCUUCAUCAUCCAGUACGGCUGGUAACGAUGACGAUGAUGAUGACAACGAAAUGCCACAUGAAAAUCAACAAUCAUACCCGAAAAUCAUAAUAAAGCCCAUUGUUAAGCCACCAACGGAAUUUGAACACCAUCAUAAUCAUAGUGCGGGUUCACAUGUGCCGUCAUCAUCACAAGAAGCAAUACCAAAAUUGAAAAUAAAAAAAAUUGAUUCAAAUAAUAUUAACAGUAAUCUGACACCGUUGCCAACGCAUUCGGCAGCUUCGAAUAAUGACGAUAUCAGUGGCAAUUACCAAACACAUUUACUAUCUGAAUCGAGUUCCAGUGUGCCUAAGUUAGCUACAGCGCGUAGCUCAACGACAAAUUUAUCGAUCGGUUCAAAUAGUUAUGAUGAGAGCAAUUGCACAGUAUCCAAUGAAGUGGUUCCCAAGGUGACAAUUAAGCUAGAUAACCAUAAUCUACACAGUGCGGCUGGAGAAUCACCGAGAAGUUUAGUAUCCAAUGCUGGAGUUAAAUUGACGCUUAAACCAAUAGCUGAACCACCACUUCCAAGAUUUACGAUAACCAAUGCGUUCAACGAUACCGCAAAAGUGGUGAUACUGAAUAAUAGUGAACAAACAGAUGAAUCAAGUGAUGAAUUACCGUCACAGCCACCAUCAAGUCAACCAUCACCGAAUGACAAAGUAUCAUCACGAAGUGAAUAUGCAACGCAUGCAAUUACAUCAACAUCAUCCUCAUUUUCUGGCCCAAAUGCUGAAGAUAAUUUAUCGACAUGUAGCUCUGGAUCAUCUUCAAGUUACAGCAGUAGUUCAAGCACUGCCAAUGCAAAUAAUGACAUUAAAUUAAUUAUAAAAGCGACAUCAACCGGCGGUUGUGUUGUGAGUCCGAAUCCAUCAGUCAUGCGAAAUUCUCCAUCGUCUACGAAAUCUGCAAACAAUCUAAAAGUUUCAAGUAGUGGAGAACAGUCAAAAUUAAAUAACAUAACUUCAAAUGUAGUAACAUCAUCGACAGUGAACUCAAAUGAUUCGAUUCCAAAACUGAAUAUCAAGCUGUCCAACAUAGAUUAUCCUCAAGUGAUUCACAAUGAAACCGAACAAAAUGAAACGCGAAACGAGAUUGGCCGAACAGAAUCACCAUUGCCGAAACAAACAAAACGUAAGACACACGAUGAUAAUAUUGUUAUACCAAAGGUAACAAUCAAACCCGUGGUCAAUCCAAAUGAAAAUCUGAAGCAAACAAAUUCUGGAGCGCAAUUAGUGACACCAAAAAACAUACUAAAAUCAAUACCAAAAUCAAUUGAAAAACCACUGGAAAUAAUAACGUCGGGGCAGAAUAGUCCAUUUAGAAAUUCAGAAAAUGAAAGUCAACAAUCGCCGAGAAUUAUUCUGAAGAUAAAUAAAAAUUCAACGUCACAAACAAAUGAUGCGUCAACGCUAACAUCAACAACGAUUAUUGCCGAAGAGCCAAUUGCACGUGAUGAUUCAUCGCAAGCAGCCAAACAAAAUGAGUUGAAGCGAUCAAAUCAUGAAUCGGAUAAUGUUCUAGCUAAGAAACAAAAACUCGGCACCGAUAUUGUACAAUUGCUUAGCUCGGACUCAGAACCAGAUGAUAUGAUUGACGAGCAACCAACAACAAAUAAUAACCAUAAUGAUUCGAAUCAAAAUCAAUCGAAUAUCAAAAGAGAUUCAAUUGUACACGAAAUCGCACCAACACCGCCAAUCUCAUUUGAUACAAAUUCUGGCUUGCGAUCGAUUCUCACGCGACCUCAAUUAAAAAUUCAACCGCAACCAAUACAAAACUUUUUACAAACUCUACCUCCGUUUAAAAGUACCAGUGAUAGUAGCUCGAAAAUAAAUGACGUUAUCGAUCUUUGUGAUCAUGAUAGUAACGAUCAAAUGAUUGAUGUCCCAUUAGAUGAAGAGUCUACGUCAAAAGAACAUACAUUGUUGGAUACAAAACAAAAUCCAGAAUUGAUUGAUACAAAUAAAACGUCUGCGAGCAAACAAAAUCGAAAUUCGGAACAAAGCAAAAAAUCUAGUUAUAAUUGGCAGUAUUUCUACAAUGAAAGUGAAAAAGAACAAAUCGAACCAAUACAUCCAUUACUUCAACAAGAUAUUGAACGAGCUAAUGUGUUGGCUGCCAUGAUGGAAGCAGCCAACAACAAAGAACGAUCAACUAAUGGAAGCAACAAUAAUAAUAUGGCAAAAACUGAUGAAUUUAAUCAAACAUCUACCGCUCAGAAUUUGCUAAUGGAAAACGAAGGCUCUGAUUCAGAUUGCAUUGUAAUCGAAGACACUGCAUCUGAUCCAUUUACGAAUGAAUUCGGUGAUGGUGAGAAUUCGGCUGAACAAAACGGUCGUAAAAAAGAGUGUAUCGAUCGUGAUUCAGGUGUUGAUGUAUCAAAUUCAGUAAAAUCGAUAAAUGAAGAAGAUGCUACGCCAGUUGUAAAACGACCGCGUGGACGUCCACGCAAAGGAACAACACCCAAAACGAUCGAAAAAAAACCAGCUAAAACUCCGGGUAAAAAACGUAAAUUUGCAGGUAUUUUAAUGUCUCAAGAAAAUGCACAAAUUGAAGAGCCCACCUUAGAAGUGAAUACAAUUGCAGCAGAAUCACUUACAUCAAUGGCACCUCUAGAACAGGUUCCGGUUGAUAUACCCCCAGUACAAUUAGAUCCUCAAGAAGACAUAGCCAAUACGAUUCAAGAAAGAGCUGAUGUUCUAGCAACAUCUGACUCGAUGACAAUCACGUCGACCACAGCACCAAUAGCAAUGGAUACAAGUGAGAAUGAUACCUAUGAAUCACCGAUUCAACCGAUACAAUCGUCAGAAAAAGACAUCGAACAAACCGAAUUGUGUGUAGGAGUUGAUGUAUCGAUGAACGAGCUCAUCGCUACUCCGGUAUCAGGACAGUCAUCAUUUGAUAAGACGGUAGGCCUAAUAUCACCAACAACACCAAGUGUGCCGAAAGAACGGAAAAAGAGAAUUAUAAUCGAUGACGAUGACGAGUCACCAACAUUUAAUCCAUUACGAAGUACUAAAAAGUCCAGGGGUAAAAACCGUCGAAGUCGACACAAUUUAUUGUCAAAAAAACAGCGAAAAGUCCAACUAUUAUCACCAUCUGAUAAAGCGAAUGAAAAUGCAGUAUUCACAUCACCCGAAGGAAUCGAAUUACGAAAAGUGGCACCAAAAGACACAACAACACCAGGAUUACAAUUAGUAUUCGAAGAAGAUACACGGAUGAGUGCGGAUUCAUUAUUUGCAUCCCCUUCGAUUAGAACAACGGAGUUCCUUCAAAAUGACGAAUCACAGAGUUCAUUACAUAGUAGUACAAGUGCAACUGUUGAAAAUUCAACAAAGAAAAUACGGUCAAAAAUCGAAGUAGUCGAUCCUGAAGGAAGAACGGAAUUCACGGUUGAUAUGAUAGCCGAAUAUGAUUGGCCACCGCCAAAAGGAUGCUGCCCGUCUCGAAAUCGUGAUACAUACAUGAUCCAGGAGCAGAUUGCUGAGUAUUUGGGUGUAAAAAGUUUCAAACGAAAAUAUCCAGAUUUGCCACGUCGCAUGGUGGAAAUGGAAGAGCGAAACUAUCUGAUGGAAAAAGGGCUAGUAUCGGAGAAAAUGUGCGAUUUGGGAUUAACAGCCGUUCUCGCCAGUGACAUAUUAGAUAUUAUGAACAAUGACUUUUUUGAAAAGUACGAGGAAUAUCGGAGGUACUUACGAGAGAAACAAAUCCGAGACUUGGCCGCACGACAAAAGCAGAUGCAGGCCGGAAUUCUGGGCAAAAGUUUGAGUGCACGUGAAAAUGCUAUGCGAGCAGCAUCAAUGUGGAACACAGACUUUAAUCGAUCGAGAAAGGAAAAUCGACUCGAAUGUCUAGAUUUACAGAACUUCGUUAUACAAGUACCCGAGAUUCAUCGGAAUCGACAAAACCGUCCUGCAACGAAACCUUCACAUUAUCCAGUUGCAUUGGUUCCAGGCCAAUUCCAAGAAUACUAUCGCAAAUAUAGUCCCGCUGAAUUAUUAUGUUAUCCAAUCAACACAGUUCUAGCAGAUCCGUAUCAAUUGGAUCAAAAACUACGGGAGUAUUAUAACAAAACGCGUCGUACUCAUUACAUCAGUGAUGAAGAAAGUGGAAAUGACAGUGACAGUGACAGUGACAGUAGUUGUUCAUCAAAUAGUGAUAGUGAUGACUCCGAUAGUUCAGAUGAUUCAACGAGUUCAAGUGACGAGUCAACUGAUGAUGAAACUACAGUUAAAUUGGAAGUAGAAAACAAAGCAAAUGUUGAUAAACCACCGAAAGAGGAAACAAAAUCAGUGCCGAAAAUUCCCAAAAGUGAAAGAAACAAAUGUCAAGUUUGCAGUGGACCAGAACGUUGCAAUCAGCAGAAAAAACCAGAGAUAUUUGUUAGCUGUACACAUUGUAAAGGGAAUGCACAUCCAUCCUGCUUAAAAAUGUCUGCACGAAUGGCGCGUCGUGUCAAUGAGUAUGCAUGGCAGUGUAAAAACUGCAAAAAUUGUAUUAAAUGUCGACGUAGUGAAAACGAAGACAAAAUGCUUUUCUGUGAUCAAUGUGAUCGUAGUUAUCAUAUUUAUUGUAUCGGAUUGAGAAAAGUUCCAAAUGGCAAAUGGCAUUGUGCAGUUUGUACCGUAUGUACACUUUGUGGUGCUCGACGUCCAGAGGGUCACAACAAUCCAAAUUUGACAGUACAACAAAAGCAAAAACUCUUAGCCGUUGCCAAAUGGACUCAUGAAUAUCAAGUGAAUCCGACGACAGGUGAAGAGGAACACGUAUCUAUGUUGUGUACAUCGUGCAUGGCUAUUAAACACAGUGCAGCUAAAAAUGUCUACUUUAAUUAAAAUUGUAUAACAAGCAAAACUAUUGCAAUGUGCAAAAUCACUGUGUGCAAUCGAACCAAUAAAUUAUGGAAGAUAUUCAAUGAAUAUCGAAUGAAAAUCAGCCAUGGCAUCAACAAUAUUUCAAAAUAAUAAUAAAAAAAAAGUAUAUAUGCUUCUGAAGAGAAAAGGAAGUUGUGCGGUAAAAUAUGACAGUUAUUAAAUUUCACAGAACUCAAUUGAACUGCUGUAAGGCAACUCAAUAAUGGCAUAUAUAUAAUUCUAAACAAGUUUUUCUUGUGCUUUUUGUAAGUUCCGAACAAAAUUGGAAAUAUGAAAAUUAACGUUAAGCUUUCAUUGUAUAGGUAUUUAUUUGUUCAUUUAAAACAAAACAAAACACACUUUCCCUUUGUGUUAGUUAUAUUUUUAUAGAAAGAAAUUGGCAUACACACCAAAAAUGUUCUAAUGACGGUGUUUCAUUUCUAAAGUGUUUUCACACCAUAAACAAAUUAAUUUCUUGAAGAUUUAUUCAAUCGGAACAAAAAAAAACAAACUUUAAAAAAUAAAAAUGGGUUAAAUGGAUAAUUCGUUGACUUUUGACUCAUGACAUGAAACAACGCUUGACGUGCAACAAAUGCUACAGAAAAAAGUACUAUUUAUCUACUAUUUUAAUUAAUAGAUGCUACUUUUAAUUAUGCACUGUAAAUUGAUAUCUGCAAACAAAGAAACUUACAAACAAAGAAAAAAAAACACUCAUGAAAAAAAUCAACAAGAAUACAAGAAUAUUUUUAAAAACAAAAAUUUUUUCACUGGAAAAUUCUUCUUAAUUAUAAGUUUAAAUUCUUAGAACAUCAGGUUGUGCUGGUCAUUUUCAGUCGAAAGCUGCCAAUCGAUCUGUAUUAGCCUCAAAUCAUAGGGUUUCAUCAAAACAUAUGUGUAAAAUAUGAAUUUUUUCUUCAUUCACACACAAUUUAGCAAUUCUUUUCACAUCAUUUUCUCAUUUUGUUUUGAAACACAAAACGAAUAAAUCAUUCAUUCGAAUAACCCGAAAAAUUCCUUUUUAAAUACAUCACAAAACCUACAAUAUAUUAUUUUCAUUUUAGAAAACUAUGUUUAUUUAUACGCAUUCGAGAAUGCAAACUCAAUUAACAAAGGAACAAACGUACACAAAUUUUAAUUUAAUCAAGCACUUCAUUGCUUUCAUUUUUGUUUAAAUUUUUGAAUUGUUUCAUUCAGAAAUGUGCACAGACCCAAUUCGAAAAGCAAUCAAAUUGCAUUCAAUUUGUAUCAAAUCAUCAUCCAAAUAUCAAAUGACAACAAGAACAAAACUAGCAAUGCACUUUGAACUAUAUAUUCGUAAAAUAAAUUUAAAGAAUACAAAAAAACGUUGAUUGAUUUUUAUUUGUUUCGAUGGAGCACAAAAGUAAUACUUUAAAUUGAUCUAAUUGUAAACUAAAAUUGUAAAUAAAAUGGCUGGCAUGAAGUCAUUUACUUAUUUAAAAUUUUCGACUAGAAAAAUCAAAUUUGAAAAAAGAGUUGGAUAUGUUGGAAUGGAUUGAAAUGAAUACUAAUGUUAUUUACUUGCUUGUAUAAAUAAGAAAAUCUUAGACUAAAUAACACAUGAAUGAAAGCAACGUCACACACCGACAUUUAUUUGAAAAUAAAUCACUUCACAAUGACAUACAGCACAUUAAAAUUAGCUGAAUAUAAAUGUAGUAUAGUCGUUUAGAUUUUGUUAUAAGAACCUAAUUUUAAAGAAUGGAACUAACGGGAUCGCAAUCUAUAUAUAAAAGCUCUGUAAAUUUUGCAAAUCGA